UUUAUCCUCUUCCACUUCGCAUUCUCUCCUUCCUUCCUUUCGACUUGCCUUUACUCACUCAACAUAAAACUAGGGUUAGGGUUAGGGUUUUACUAUCAAUUUCUCUCUUAAAUCAAUUCAUGGACCCGACAAAGAAGCGUAAACUCGAUGAAAACGGCGCCGCAUCGGCCGACCCUGACUCUGCCAACAUUCUAAACCCCCAGGAUUCUCGCAAGAUUGUUGAACGCUUAACCAAUGAUCAACUCCUCGAUAUUCUUUCCACCGCCGUCACUCGCCACCCCGACCUCCUCGAAGCCGUCAGAUCUAUUGCAGAUGCCGAUCCCACUCAACGCAAGCUCUUCAUCCGUGGCCUCGGCUGGGAUACUACAACCGAAAGCCUCCGUAACAUCUUCUCCGUCUACGGCGAGCUUGAGGAAGCUGUGGUUAUCCUCGAUAAAGCCACCGGAAAAUCAAAAGGCUAUGGUUUUAUUACGUUCAAACACAUUGACGGUGCCAUGCUCGCUCUUAAGGAGCCCAGCAAGAAAAUUGACGGACGCGUGACGGUUACGAAUCUUGCAGUUGCUGGAAAUUCAGCGAAUAGUACUAACAAUCCCGUGGAUGUGUCGUUGAGGAAGAUAUUUGUCGGGAACGUACCAAACGACAUGUCGGCUGACAAAUUGCUCGCACAUUUUGCUUGUUAUGGAGAGAUUGAAGAGGGUCCGUUAGGGUUUGAUAAACAGACGGGGAAACCAAAGGGUUUUGCUUUGUUUGUUUAUAAGACGGCGGAAGGGGCGCAAGCUGCGCUUGUGGAUCCGAUAAAGACGGUUGAGGGGAAGCAAUUGAAUUGUAGGUUGGCUGAUAAUAAGAAGGCAAAGGGACCUGAUGGGAUUCAGCCUGGCGGGCCCGGGAAUGUUAAUGUUAAUCAUGGCGAUGGGAUGGGGAUGGUUCCGCCCCCUGCUGGAGGAUCCAUGCCCGGGUCGUAUGGUGGGCCCGGUGGACAUGGGUCGUAUGGCCCGUUUUCAGGGGCGCCACCGUUGGGUCAUCAUGUGAACUCGUCUUUGGGGGGACCGGGACAGGUACCCUCAUCUUUGGGAGGUGUUGGUGCUGGUGGUUAUGGUGCUGGGUUGGGUGGGCCGUAUGGCGGUUAUGGUGGGCCAGGCUCGGCUGGUUAUGGAGGUCUUGGUGGUGCUGCUGGCAGUGGUGGAUUGGGGGGUGGUUCUUCCUUGUAUAGGUUGCCACCAAGUUCGGUUGGAAUGCCUUCUGGUGGGUAUCCUGAAGGUGGGCAUUACAACUUGUCAUCGGCAUCCUCUGCUUAUCCUAGUCAGCAUCACCAGGCAACCGGAACAUCCCCCGUGCCUAGGGUUCCUAUGUACCCGAAUGUUCCUCCUUAUUAUUGAGGUGUAUGACAGCUUGUUGGCGCAGAUGCUUUUUGUGGUUCUGGUGAUUGCGUAGUGCAGACUAUAUGAAUGUAUUAGCUUUGCUUUUACGGGCACUUCGCUUGAUAUCUUGAACUGCACAUUUACGAUGUGGUUUAUUUCUGAGUGAUGGUUGUGAAAUGACUGAGUUAGACUAGUCUUUGUACUUAUGCCGGGAUCUAUUUGCUACUUGGGCUUUCUAUGUUCCAGUAUAGUCUAAUGAGUACUGAGAUAAUAUAUUUCCAUAUAUUACACAAUUGUGUGUUGAUAGUUGUUGUUGCUUUUGAUUUUACUUGCUAGAUUUUUUUCAUAGUUGUUGAUACCUUUAUAUCUUGAGUUUUAUCAAGCUUUCUUAAUUGGAAGAGAAUUUAUGUAACUUAUGCAUCUACAUAUAAUUACACAAAACAUAUGGAUAAACCUCAGCGAAUUACUGCUCCAGUCAAAAUAGUUCCUUUUUAAGUUUUUUGAAAAUUAAAUGAUGAAAUUAUUUGUUUGCUCUUCAUAUUCAUACUACUUUAGUUGAAUAGGAAUUUUUUCAUAACCUUUUGCUCAUUUUUUAGUCCUCUAAUUUCUUGUAAAACUUUUGCUGGUUAUGUUGUGUCACAUCUCUUAAUCACUUUCGAUUACAAUUUCUGAUUUAUGUUGCUAAAGCAGUCGUUUGAUCCUUUCCAUUGAAGGUAUUCAUGUAUGUUGUUUAUAGUAGCCCCUAUUGGUUAUCAACCUGUAACCUUCUUUUUUAUGUAUUUAUUUAUUUUUUUAGAUACUGGCAAUUUGGCCAGACUGUUUAUGUUCGUGAUUGGUUUGUCUUGUACAUGGGUUGGACGAUUAUUUUGGCCUCAAAUAAUGUUGUUAUCCUCUAUCUGUGGAUUUUCCUAUCAUAGAGGAUUGAUUUUUGUGGGUGUUUGUAUUUCACUCAAAUUUUGUCUUGUCAAAGCAAGCAGUUUGGUCUGCCAGUGAUCUGAUUUGUAACUAUUGUUGAUAUGAUUGGGAAAAAUGUUUAUCCUGUUCAUGGUUUUAACUGCCUUUUGCCAAGACUUAGGUUGCAUUGAUUUGUUCCCGUUUGCUUUUUAAAAUGGGUUGAAGCGUCAUUGUAACUUUGUAUUAUGAUUUUUUUGAUUUUAGUCUUUUCAUCAAAGGUGUUGUAUGUCUUCUGUAUUUGUCAUAACUGAUAGUUAUGGUAGGAUGACAGCUUGUAAGUUGAAUGUUAUGUUAUAAACUAUGAGCAACACUCAUGGAUCAUGUUCUGUAAUGAGAAGCUGAAACUUGUCCUUCACUGUGGAGAUUGGUUAAGGGUCUGCCUUGUACUUCCCUUUUACAUCUAGUUGAUGUUUCACUUUUGACAAAUUAGGGUUUACAACUUGAUUUGUCUGAGAUGAGAUAUUAUACUCUUCAUGAAAACGAUAACGGGUUAGAAAUUAUGUCUCUGAGGGUCUGCCUGCAUUUGGUGACAAGACCAAUGCGGGCUUAAUAUAAUUUUGAAGUCUUUGCAUUUUGCCUGCCGUCAAAUUAUUUUUCACCCCCUUCAAUGUCUGGAUAGUUGCAUUCUUCUCAUAAAUGAAAACCAUAACGGGUUAGAAAUUAUGUCUCCUGAGGUUCUGCCUGCGUUUGGUAACAAGACCAAUGCGGGCUUAAUAUAAUUUUGAAGGCUUUGCAUUUUGCCUGCUGUUAAAUUAUUUUUCACCCCCUUCAAUGUCGAGAUAGUUGCAUUCUUCUCAUAAAUGAAAACGUGUGAUGAUGCUGCCAAGAUGUUUAUGAAAAAUUUCUACUUUCGUGUCUGCAUGGUUGUCUCAAGCUUUGUGUUGUUCAGUUUACUGUUUGAUUGUGUGAUAACAAUGCAAACUGUAUUGUUCAUGGUCAUGAGUUUGGUGGUUGAACUCAAUUUCAAUGAAUGGUGGGUAUAAUUUUUACAAUCGUGGGGCGUCAUAAAUUCCAUUAAAUUAGAGAAAAAAAUUGCUAUGCUGUAUGAAAAACGUGCAAUUAUAUAUGUCACAAGUACUUCCAAGGGCUUAAGUUUGGCUGAAGAAGUGUCUAUUGAGUCUUGAGCUGAGGGAUGAUAUUGAUAUCUUGAUAAAAGAUCGAUUGUGGCAUUUAAGUUAUAGGCUGCGUUUCAAUCGAUAGAAGAGAUCCAUUGACUUUAUGAUGCAAAUAAAACUUGUGUUUUCAGACUCUUUCCUUCCGGUGGUUUAUACUGUUUGAAUAUGUUUUUCAACAUUUGAGAUAAUGGAAGCUGAUAUUUUGUUUUGCUUUUUCACAAAUGAGGGGGGGUGUUAGGGAAUUGUUGUUUAGAUUCAAUAUCAAUGAGGUUUCCAAAAUAUAGUAAUUAAAGUUGUCUACUGCGGUGUCCUAACGAUCUUGAACUCUUUUUUUCUUUUCCUGUCAUUUGUAUUUGGGGUGGAACAUGCGAUGACGAGUGGAGGUGCUAGCCAAUAUGGAAAUGAUUGCUCAAGGUUCACUGGCAUUUUGGUGUUGGUGACUUGGUGUUGUGCUGAAAAUUGAGGCCAGUUAAUCAUCUCAUUAAACCGUGGAAAGACUACUGUUAAUCAUUUCAGAUGAGUUAAACCCCUUGUAAGUUUCAUGUCAUCAGUCACAUUAUCCUCGCUAAUUUAUGUAAUUUUCAACUCACGAGGACCGAGAAAUAUAGAAGUAUUAUAUGGUUUAGCCUGAUGCCAAAAUCUUUCCCUUUCUAUGUAAUCAACUGUUUUCUGGUAGGGUAUU